UAGUUCUCACAGGCUGCGCUCCUUCCCCAGUCUCAAAGGCUAACAAGUCUCCUUCGUUGCUUUCCUCAUCAAACAACAACUACAAAAGUUGUGAUGCUUUUCUUCACCCAGUGCUUUGGGGCUGUAUUAGAUCUUAUUCACCUUAGGUUUCAACAUUACAAGGCUAAGAGGGUUUUUUCAGCUGCUGGGCAACUUGUCUGUGUUGUAAACCCAACACACAGCCUAAAGUAUGUAUCAAACAGGCAUGCAGUCGGUCAGACCUCCACAGAGCAAGGCAGCCUUCAUUCCUACCAUCCCCCUGAGACAGUGCACGACCCGCAACUGAUUCCUUGCAUGUGCCCUCUGUUUUCUUGUCAAUGGGAAGGCCAUGUAGAAGUGGUGGUAUCACACCUGAGACAGACGCAUCGAAUCAGCAUCCUUCAUGGGGCAGAGAUUGUUUUCCUGGCUACAGACAUGCACCUCCCUGCACCAACAGAUUGGAUAAUAAUGCAUUCUUGCCUGGGCCACCAUUUUUUGCUUGUGCUCAGGAAGCAGGAGAAAUAUGAAGGCCACCCCCAGUUCUUUGCCACCAUGAUGUUGAUUGGCACCCCCACACAAGCCGAUAACUUCACCUACAGGCUCGAGCUCAACAGGAAUCAGAGGCGCCUGAAGUGGGAAGCUACCCCGAGAUCGGUAUUGGAAUGCAUUGACUCUGUCAUAUCAGACGGCGAUUGCCUUGUCCUUAACACCUCGCUGGCCCAGCUCUUCUCUGAUAAUGGAAGCCUGGCUAUAGGCAUUGCAAUAACUGCGAGCAAAGUUCACACUGCUGAAGCAGAAAUGUAAAGAAGAAAACUCUGUUCUUCAGCAGCUUGAGAAAACCAGAACUAAUGGACUUUUUCAGGGUCUCAGGUCUUUUGUGCUCUUUCGUAUCUGGCCACAGUGGGCAUUAUGUAAACAUCCAGUGA